AGGGCUGGUGGAUGAGUUCCUGGGGGGUGCUCACCUCUCCCCUUCCCCCACCCCCAGGGGAUGGUUCUGACCCACUUGAAUGUCCAUCCUGGCGAGUGCAUCGCAGUGAAGGGCACGGUGCCACCGGAUGCCAAGAGCUUUGCCCUGAACAUGGGCCGGGCUGGCUCGGACCUGGCCCUUCACUUCAACCCCCGGUUCGAGAGCCACGGGGACACCUGCAUCAUCAUCUGCAACUCGCUGCAGGGUGGGGAGUGGGGGGAGGAGCAGCGGGAGCCGGACUUCCCCUUCCAGCUGGGGCAGGAUGCCAAGAUCUGCAUCUCCUUCAAUGACCAGGAGCUGACAGUGGCGGUGGCGCUGCCGGGGGAGCAGCAGCUCAAGUUCCCCAACAGGCUGGGGCUGGAGGCCAUCGAAUUCUUCUCUGUGGAGGGAGACUUCAGGGUCAAGUCCAUCAAGUUCAAGUAGCUCCUCCCCUUCCCUGCUGGCUCCUCCUCUUCUCUGCUGGCUCCACCCCCCAUGCAGAGUUA